GCCUUUUCUUGCAUGCGACUUCACCCAAAGGCAAAGUGGAACACUGGAUGACCCCUAGGUCAUUGUCAGCAGCCCAAACAUGCAUGCAUGCAUACAUCGGAGAGCAUCCUCCGCGCAGUCUACGCAUCUUCAUAGGGCAAAGUAAUCAGCGAAAGGUUGCUAGGGUUGCUUAUUCGAGACGCAUUUAGGAUUGAGAACAUACCGUAUUCAGAUUUUGUCUCAUGAGCCACCCAUGGCUCCUACGGGACUUUAAAGGAUUGAUUGAUUGAUUGAUUGAUUGAUCUUGAAGUUGACUUCGGAGGCAUCAUCAUCAUCAUCUUCGCUCAUCGACGAAAGAGGUGUCUGAGUUGAGUACUACUCUCAAGAGCAAGGCUGCCCAUUGCACCUGCAGAAGUAUCUGAUUGCAAUUAUGCAGGCCUUCUACUCUUCGGUCUUCCAAAAGUUCUGAUUGUUUGUGCAAAGUCGGGGCAGAGAGCUGCUUCAAGUCACAUGGACCAACCACUGUGGCUUGAAGAGUUCAAUAAGGUCACCGAAGAUCUGCCAUUAUUUGGUGAGAUUGACCUGAGAUUGGAGGAGGAGGUUUCCGUGAGGCCAGGCUUUGAGACGGUGGUCUACAAAGCAGUAACACUGGUCAAGAAAGGAGUGGGGUUGCCCAGUGGCACCACCGUGGGGCUCAAGCUGUUCAAGGAUGGUUUGAACAGAACAGGCCAAGAAGUCAAAGCCUUCCUGUCAGAAGUUCUCAAUCUGAAGCAUGCAAGAAGCCAGUGCCAUCGAAUCUGCAUGCUCCAUGGCAUCUACCGUGAUAAAAAGGAUGUGGGGAUCGUCAUGGACUACUACGAUGGAGGAACUUUGAAGGACAAGAUUGGCGGCCAACCCUUGCCCUGGUUGGACUUCUGCUCUGUUGGGUUGGCAGUAGCAGACGCUCUCAACGGCCUGCAUCAUGAAAAGAUCCUCAUGAGAGACAUCAAGCCUGAGAACAUCAUGUUCAAGCUGGGCGCCAGCGAACCCUUCAUCAUAGACCUAGGGCUUUCAAGUCGCUUACAAGCGCAGGACACAAGCAGAGUCUCUGUGGCGGGGACGCAUUUCUACAUGGCUCCUGAGGCAUGGAAGGGCGUGAAGGAUCUUCGCUCCGACAUCUACGGGUUUGGGUGCAUCCUCAUUGAAAUGGCUACAGGCUGGCCUCCUUUCCACGGCUUCCAACAGCGCCAGGUUAAGUACAGGGUGGGCCGGAGGGGGGAGCUUCCUGAGGUGCCUCAGGACAUAUACACGGAGACAGAGGAGGGGGAUCGUGACACUGUGCUCCAGCUCAUCGAGCGCUGCCUUCAGCGGGAACCGACAGAGCGCCCCAGUCUAGACGAGAUUGUGAAGGCAUUCACCCCCCUGCGAGCAAAGGCUUUUCUGCAUUCCUCUUCUUCGAAGAGACUGAAGGCUUUUCCCCCAUCUCUUGGCAGUUCCGAGGGCGGCAAAUAUGAGACGGGCUUCAGUCCUACUACGCUCGGGGUUGAAGGGAGCAGCUCUUCAGUGUCGGAGGCCACCGAUCCCCACUCAACCUCUUCUAUCAACACCACCUCUACUCAGUCCACCUUUUCGCACGAACUCCAAUUUGGCUCGGGGCCCAGUUCUCCGAAAGGCUUAGCUGAAGCGCCGUGCCAGCAGACUCCCUCAACCAUUGGUCAAGUGUCACCCCUCUCACCGCUCGAUCCCGGCACUCCGUUUGGAGCCAUCGAAGGGAGCCGUUAUCAAGAUGAGGGGAAAGCAGCGGCGAGUGUGGGGGCGUUGGGUUGCGGAAAACCAGCGGAGACAGAUGCAGAGCGUCAAGCGGGGCGGUCGAGCGGGGAGCGGAUUAGCACAGAAUUAAACCAGACCCUGUCCUCCACAGCGCUAGAGCAAACGCCCCAUCGAAGAGGACAAGGCACUCGAGCACCAGCCACCAGAGGAGCCGAGGCAUGUGCGGAAAGUUUUACUUGGCGCGGCACUCGUUCUUGGGGCUUUUGUCGGCGCGCGUGUUGCACUGAAGCUGUAAGGCAGCACCAGGUGAUUCUUGUCGAAGGGGGUCGAGUUCAGGGCUAGGUCAGCUCCCAAAAACCAGACGGCUCGCCUGAUCGCGCUCUGAUUGCACUACUUAGUCGAGUACUCCUGUUCUCGUUAGCCACUAGUGUUGACCGCAUGCAUUGAUCACUUAUUGGAGCCCAGAUGACCUUACGGCACGAUUUGUCAAGUACCUUAUCCUAGCUAGUAGAGAUUUAACAUCAUGCACACCAGACCACCUUGUUUGCAACACUUGUUUUGACACGGGCCGUGUACCCAGCGCCAGGUUUGAGGUAUCUUGAUGAGAUUGCUCUUGAGAACGCCUGGAUAUCUUUUUAGAGAGAACAUGAUACGAAGUUUGAAUAGAAGUCCUCUUCUUUUGCUUGUGUUUAGAAGAUCAUUUCUGCCCACACGAAGUCUGUUCUCCAAAGCUUUGAUGACGUAAUAGACCAUGACUCUCAAUCCUCUUUCG